AAAGUGUCCAAAGAUGAAUGAAAUUUCCAUUUAAAUCGCGGCAAUCUAGUUUUUCUGUUCCUAGUAGUAUAAUCAUGAAUGAGCGCGCGUUUUAUUGUUGCAGCGCGACGUAGACAUCACGGGACUCUCGGGAGUGUCACCGAUGCGUUCAUGCGUGUGUGUACUGCCCGCGGUGUCUCGAUCUCUUCGGGAUGAUCGCGACGCGAUAAUUGGAGUAGAUGCGUUGGCGUAUCGCGCAGAUUAAGUGACGACCGAUUUGGGGGGGAAGGUAGGCGGCCCGCAGGAGGCGCAGGGACCGUCACAGUUUAUCGAUAAGCUCGCCUCGCCGCGGUCGGAGGGUAGAGUAUGCCCUCGCGGACGCCGGUCGUGUCACGAUAGGUUACGUCCGCGAGCGGGACAAAUGAAUCGAUUGUCGUAGUGGAAAAAAAGGGGAAGGCAAAGGGAUCAUGUCGAGAAAGUGGUUGUCGAAUUUCGCCCUGGCCGGUACCAUCAGGCUGCUGAUAAUGAACUCCGAGUACCGGAAGAUCAUCGGCAACCGCGUUGAGGUGUCGACCGCCUUGAACUCCUGGAAGAGAGUUACCGAAGGGGUUUAUCUGCACAAGUUUGGAGUAGACCCGUACGAGGGAGAUCUGUUUCACGAGACUCCGAUCGGCUUGUAUGUGUUCAGCCUGAUGCAGGAGUACUUACCUCAGUGGGCAUUAUUUCUACUGUUUGUUGUCGUCGAUCUAAUGACUGCCCUGUGCCUCGCUCUUGCAGCAAAACAUUAUGCGAUUGAAUUGGCAACGAAAAGAAAAGAGGACAAGGACGAGAAUAAGAAGCCUAGUAAAGACACGCCCGGCACGUCCGCUAUGUACGUUUCCGCAGCGUAUCUGUUCAAUCCGUAUAUAAUAUUGAACUGCGUCGGUCUGACAACUACGGUGUUCACCAAUCUGCUCUAUUCGAUCGCGCUGAUGUCGAUGACGAGACGCUCCGUGCUCUGGAGUUGCACGUCGAUAGCGUUACUAACGUUGCAGGGACUCUAUCCUGUGUCGCUCAUGGUGCCGGCAACCAUUUACGUCGCGAGCACAGCGAAGAACAGGAGGACCAGUAUCGUCACGAUGCUGGUCGUGUUCACGAGCAUCCUGGCGGCCGUAUUCGCCGUUUCUUACUGCAUCAUGGGAAGCUGGUCGUUCCUGUGGAGCACCAUCGGCUUCAUCCUGACCGUUCCCGACCUACGUCCGAAUAUCGGACUGUACUGGUACUUCUUCACGGAGAUGUUCGAGCACUUCAGAUGGCUCUUCAUCGCGUCCUUUCAGAUAAACGUCAGUUUACUGUACAUAGUCCCCCUGGCGCUGCGAUUGCGACGCGACCCGAUGCUGCUGGCGUUCUCCUACCUAGCGAUAGCUGCCAUAUUCAAAUCCUACCCGUGCAUCGGAGACGUCGGCUUCUAUAUAUCUCUACUGCCGCUGUGGAAACACCUGUUCCAACAUAUGCAACAAGGAUUCAUCGUAGGUUGUUUUGUACUGUUUUGCACGGUCUUCGCCCCGACCGUGUGGCAUCAGUGGAUCUACUCCAGAUCGGCGAACGCGAAUUUCUACUUCGGGGUAACACUGGCGUUCGCCAUCGCGCAAAUCUUCCUCCUUACGGACAUUCUGUUCGCCAGUGUGAAACACGAAUUCGCAGUUCAACACGGUAUCAAUAAAAAAGUUAACGGAAAUGAGGCUAAGCUGCUGCUCGAAUAAAAUAGGCUUUUUUUAGAGCGAAAUGUACAAUACCCUGUCGAACAGGUAACAUGUCUUUGAGUCAUUUGCCACGUGAAAAUAAAUAGUUUUUUACAA